AUGGCUCAGAUUAAACAGCAGAAUGUGGAGGACUACUAUGAGAUUGGAGAGGUUCUUGGCAGUGGUCACUUUGGGCAAGUGCGUGCGGUGCUGGAGCGGGCAUCCGGGGUCCGCUGGGCGGGGAAGUUCCUGAAGCUGCGUCGGAGCGCCAGUAGUCGCCUGGGCCUGGAGAGGAAGAGUGUGGAGAGGGAGGUGGAGAUACUGCAGAGCCUGCAGCACGCCAACGUCAUGGCCCUCAGGGACGUGUUUGAGAGUCGCGCCGAGGUGGUGCUCAUCGUGGAGCUUAUCAGUGGUGGGGAGCUGUUUGAUUUCAUAGCAGAGAAGGAGAGCUUGUCUGAGGAGGAGGCCAUAGAGUUCCUGAAGCAGAUCCUCAAGGGAGUUGGCUUUAUGCACACUAAGAACAUUGCCCACUUUGACCUCAAGCCAGAGAACAUCAUGCUGGCAGACAAGAUGAUGCCACACCCCCACAUCAAGAUCAUUGACUUUGGACUGGCCCAUCGCCUCAAACAGGGGGAGGAGUACAGGAGCCUCUCUGGGACCCCACAGUACAUCGCCCCUGAGGUGAUUAACUACGAACCCCUGAGCGAGGCAGCCGACAUGUGGAGUAUUGGUGUGAUAACCUACAUAUUAGAGAGAAUGACAGCGAAUGAAUGUCUAGUACACCCUUGGAUCAAGCCCCUCACGCGUAAACAGGCGGCUAACAGAAGUCGAUCAUCCAUCAACAUGAAAAGCUUCAAGAAGUUCAACGCCAAGAGGAAAUGGAAGAUGUCGUUUAACAUGGUGUGGGCGUGUAACAGAUUAUUUCGCCUGCAGUUGCAGUGUAAAAGCAGGUCGCAGGAGGACCCGGAACUGAGGCAGUGUGAGAGCGACCAGGAGGACACGGAGACCAAGCCUGCUUCUCUCAUUCGCCGCAGACUCAGCAGCAGUUCCUAAAUAAGACCACUGGGGUCACUAACACAGCCUCAGACCACCUCUAUCCAUCCCACCAUGGGGAAAUGGAGAGAAGCCUUUUGAGUGAUGCACCGGUCAACAAUACUCUGAGUUACAGAAUGACUGACUAUGGCAGUGACAAUACGCGUAACGAACACGUAAUGUGCAGGUGCCUAAAGCCAGUGUUAGUCCACAGAGUUGAAUCUUAAUGUCUCAGACAUUGUUCCUGAUAAAACCAGUGUAGUUUACAAACCUCUUCUGUUGCUCUUCACCCCCAUUUGACCUAGGUGUAGCCAUUUUCUGAAAUGUAUUUGUCUGUGCCUUUUAAGUUUGACACUUAUUUUCUGAAAAUGCCAAAACCUUUGUUUAGGUUUGAUCGUUUACGGGAUAGAGUUUGUCCCACUUAUAGCUAACCUCAAUUGCAAUUAUUCUGCCUUACAAUAUUAUGUGGUUAUUAUUUAGCCUCUGACACAUGUUCUGAUAUUGUUGACUGCUGUAUGCCUAUCAAAGGUCAAGACUUUUCCAAACUGAUUUUAUUUAAUUUUCUUAGACAUAUGCAUUUUAUACAAUUAACUAGAAAAAGUACUUGGUAACAUACAUUAUUUGAUUGUGUCAUAAUUUUGAUAUCAUAAGUUUAUACAGAGCUACUGUACUAUACACAGUUAUAGCCAUGUUUGAUAUUGUUUGACACUGACAUGUGUAAUGUAGUCUUAGUGUGUAGAGCCCUUAAGCCUUACCAAACUUUAUCUUAGAUAUACUUUAUUGAACAUUUCAACUAUCUUUGGCUUAUGUCAAGGGUCAAAUUUAUAGUUGUGUUUUUUAAAUGGAAAGCUAUUUUAUAACCUUGUGUAGGCUUGUUUUUUAUAUAUAAUAGUGAGAGUUUAAUA